CGCUGAGCCCGGUUCUUCGUGUUUGUCCGGGUCUGAUCUGUCACCGUGCUUCUAUCAUUCAUUCCUCACUGAUUACCGGAGACUUUCCGUGCUCUCUACCUGCACUGAUCUCCCGGUAAACGCGCGGCUGUAGCUCGGUAUCCUGAGUAACGCGCGAGAUGUUGUUGUCCGCCGUGCCGAAGCGUUUGCUCAUGCGCAUGUCGCGCAGCUUGUCGCCCUGUCGCGCGCUUCACACCGAACCCGGCGAGUCCAAUGUGCACGAGCUUGAAACGGCUGUAAGGAGCAAUCCGGUGGUUUUCUCGUCUCGCGCGUCCAGAAAGUGUACGCAAAUGAAGGAGCGCGAGGAAGCGUGUAGCAGCAGUGGUAACCUUCACGCGCAAUACCGCCAGCUGGCCAGCAGGUGGCGCACGAGCCUGGAGAGUCGGAGGGGCUCGUGGGCAGCGCUGGUCACCGCAGGACAUUCCGGGACUUACCGGGAGGAGAUCUGGGGGCAGAACAGCGGGGGGCAGAACAGCGGGCCCGGGGGGUGGAGAGGAGCAGCUUCGGCAGGAAUUCUGUCCACUGCCGCCCUGGCCUUCUGCUUCAACAGAGACAACCACAGCAACACCGGUGAAGCUCUUUUGGAUGCAGCCAGAUCUAACAACUCUGAGGAGGUGAAAAGGUUGCUGGCAGAUGGAGUUGAUCCAAACACUCGUCACCGUCUCGGCUGGACCGCACUCAUGGUCGCCUCCAUGAACAGACAACACAAUGUGGUGCAGGUCCUGUUGGAGUCCGGCGCUGAUCCGAACCUCGGAGACGACUUCAGUAAUGUUUACGGAACUGCACGGGAUAAAGGCAUAAACUCACUGGAGGUGUUGGUGAUGAGGGAGGACAAGUUCAGUAAUCGUCUCAGCACUCGGGCCAGUUUCCGUGGUUGCACAUCGCUGCAUUACGCUGUACUCGCUGAUGACCUCCGCACUGUGCGCAUGCUCCUUGAUGCAGGUGCGAACCCCCUGCAGGUAAAUGAGCUGGGACACACUCCACUGUCCUACGCUAAGGAGGGAGAGAUGCACACACUGCUGAAGGAGCGUGAGGGAAAGUUUAUGGAAGAACAGAAGCAGAGGGAGGUGGAAGAGAGAAGGAGGUUUCCUCUGGAGCGCAGACUAAAGGAGCACAUCAUCGGCCAGGAGGGGGCCAUCACUACUGUCGCCUCAGCGAUCAGGAGGAAGGAGAAUGGCUGGUAUGAUGAAGAACAUCCGCUGGUCUUCCUCUUCCUCGGCUCUUCAGGAAUUGGUAAAACAGAGUUGGCUAAGCAAGUGGCUCGUUACAUGCACAAAGACAUCAAAAAGGGUUUCAUCAGAAUGGACAUGUCUGAGUUCCAGGAGAAACACGAGGUGGCUAAAUUUAUCGGUUCUCCGCCGGGGUAUGUGGGUCAUGAGGAAGGAGGUCAGCUCACUAAACAGCUGAAGCAGUGUCCGAAUGCUGUGGUGCUCUUCGAUGAGGUGGAUAAAGCGCACCCUGAUGUCCUCACCAUCAUGCUGCAGCUCUUCGAUGAGGGACGUCUGACGGAUGGGAAAGGGAAAACCAUUGAAUGCAAGGACGCCAUCUUCAUCAUGACCUCCAAUGUGGCGAGUGAUGAAAUCGCCCAGCAUGCACUGCAGCUCAGACAGGAAGCUCAGGAGCAGAGUCGCCGCCGUCUGGCAGACAGUCUGGAUGAGGUUCAGCAGAGUGAGAUCACCAUCUCUAAGAAGUUUAAAGAGGAAGUGAUUCGGCCCAUACUGAAGGCCCAGUUCAGACGCGACGAAUUUCUGGGACGGAUUAAUGAAAUCGUUUACUUUCUGCCUUUCUGCCACUCGGAGCUCAUUCAGCUCAUCAACAAGGAGCUCAACUACUGGGCUAAAAAGGCCAAACAGAGACACGACAUCACCCUGCUGUGGGAGCGACCCGUGCUGGAGCUGCUGACUCGAGGAUACAACCUCCACUACGGAGCUCGCUCCAUCAAACACGAGGUGGAGCGUCGGGUGGUGAACCAGUUAGCUGCAGCAUACGAGCAGGAGCUCCUCCCUAAAGGCUGCACGCUCCUCCUCACUGUGGAUGGAGAACUGGGAGACGAGGAGGAGGGACGAGCGAGUCCUUCUCUCCGCCUAGAGCUAGUGGAUAAAGACCGCAAAACGCGAAAGCUGGAAAUCCGUCCACCGCUAAACCCAGAGCAGGUGGCAUACGCAUGCUAACUUCCUCCUAAACACCCCGCUUACUUCCUGUUAAACACACAAUAACUUCCUGCUAAACACCUGCUAACUUCCUCCUAAACACCCCUGCUUACUUCCUGUUAAACACAGGCUAACUUCCUGCUAAACACCCCGCUUACUUCCUGUUAAACACACACUAACUUCCUCCUAAACACCUGCUAACUUCCUCCUAAACACCCCUGCUAUCUUCCUGUUAAACACACACUAACUUCCUCCUAAACACCUGCUUACUUCCUGCUUAUCUUCUGAGUGGUUCUGCUGUAAAGUUGUUAUUCCUGGUGAAGAGACUCAUCGUGGUGGAGGCACUAACACACUGGACAUUAAAUACGCUGCUUCUGAAAAAGGUCAAGGUUCUGUUCAGAAGGUCAAAGAACUCUUCCUGUGUCAUCAUUCUUCAAAACCGAGGAAAUUGAGCAGGGCUGAUACAGCAGCAAUUCAGACUUUCAGACCUAUCAGAAGGUUGUGAGUUUUAAUCCCAACACCGCUGGUCUGUCCUUAACCUUCAGCAUAUGUACAUCACUGUGGACACAUUCAAGCACCAACUAAAUAAAAAUGUCAAUAUUAUUUAAGAGUAAAAUAUUUACAGCUGAAAAAGAAUCAUAUUUGUGAAAUGUUCAGUCAAUAAAAACAAAGUUUUGACUUUCAUUAAUAAUCUUUUUUAUGGGAACUGGUCAUCAGUAUAUUACUGAAAUUUGUUUACGUCAUGUAAAAUAGCUGUAAAAUAUCUCUGCUCGCCGUUUCAGUAAUCAAAAUAAAAUUCAACAGCUCCAUCCUGA